AUGUUGGACGAGUCUAACUCAAGGACGACCAAGUCCACAGCCUCCACAAUGACACCGCAAUCUCGGCCGCGGCGGUCGCAAUCAUUGCCGCGACAGCAGGGUCGUCUCAACCUCAAGGUCCGCCAGUCCAACCUGUUGUCGAGUGCCAUAGGAUCCAUGGUGAAUCCAGUACUUGAUGGUGUAGAUAUUGACGGAGUGGUGCAACGAAUUGACUUUAAUGAAGUGGUUGGUAAAAUUGAUUGGAAUGACAUUGUGGACGAAAUUGAUUGGAACAAUCUGCUAGACAAGAUCGACAUGGACGUCCUUUUGGAUAAACUAGAUGUCAACAGAGUAGUGGAUCGAAUCGAUGUCAAUGCUGUCAUUGAGCGAUCCAACCUGAGACAGAUCAUUGCCAGGUCCACAUCGGGAAUGUGUUCCAUUGUAGUCAAUCGAUUUCGGGCGAUUUGCAUCAAAGUUGAUCAAAUUGUGCAACGGACUGGUCGAUGUGCCUGGUGUGACCGUGACAAGCUAAAGAGGAAAUGGACUAUACCACCCAAGCCCACGGUACAGCCCCUCUUUCAUCACAAGGAAUACAAGGCAGAUCAACGAGCAAGAAGGGCCAUGAAAUGCCCCAAAAAAUCCACUCUACUGGCUCAAGCUGUUCAAGGUCGCAAUGCUGGGACCUUUUCUCGGUUUUUGGCUUAUGCCAUUGACAAGGGUUUGACUAUUUCCUUGUCCCUUCUGUUGAUUCUUAUUGUCAAUGCCCUCAUUGGUUUGAUACCAAAAGAUGAGAUUUCUGAGGAAGGAUUGCAGGCUGUUUCAGAUGGUGCUGUGACAUCCCAAGAAAUCGCACUCUUGAAUCAGCAACAGCAGGACGAGAACAGGGAGACGUUCUUGCUUUCCGUUGGUGUCCCGCUCAUAACCAGCAGCCUAUGUGCGUUUCUUGCCGAUGCAAUACUUAUGAUUACUCUUGGGACUACAAUUGGAAAGAGUUGGAUGGGGUUGGCUGUGAUUGACUCGCGAAAGGGAAAGGUUAGGCACAUUACAAUUUACCAAGCAAUCUUGAGGUCCUUUCUUACCAACAUGUUGAGUUUCAUUGUCAUUUGGCUGGGGACAAUAUUUUCUUUGGUACGUGAGGACCGGCGUGGCCUUGCAGAUCUCCUGUGUGGAACUACUGUUAUCUAUGCUUGGGAUGCAAAGAGCUAUAGUAUGGCCGCGGAUGAGAUGUCCAGAGAAGAUUUGUUUGGAGGAUUGGAUUUUGCAUCCAUGGACUUUGGUGACUCGGAUGAUUUGGAGAGUCAAGCGGGAGAUUACCGCUAUUCUCAAUUACCAACAAAACGGCCCACAUAUUAUGAUACACGACAACAAACUGGGAAGCACAACCGCUCUAGUGUCAAGCCAAGAGCUGUCCGUAAAAGCGGUGUUUAUCAUGCAUGA